UCGAACUCGUUCAGAAGCAGCAGCAGAAGCAGGAGAGGGAACGAUGGUUGGAAAAUUUUUCAAAAUGGCCAACUUUUGCGGAGCCGUGGUCGAAACGCGAGUGCUUGUCGCGCGUAUUGUUGCGUAAAAACGGUGCGAUUUCGGUCCGGAAAACGGUUCCGGAACGGGUUCCGGGUGUCGCUGAUCGAACCGACUACCGGAUUACCGGGUGCGGAAAGUAGCGGGCGUGAAAAUCGAGCCGCAAUUGUGUCGUCGUCGUCGUUGGUUUUGCCUUCUGCAUCGCAGGCAGUCGAAUCGACCGCGGAGCGAAGUGUUUUGUGUGUGAAGUUGCAGAAAAUCGUCCUCGAAGAAACCAAUCCAGUCAGAGGACGGUGGUGAACGUUUUCUUGUUCCGAUCGCCAGCAACCCGCAGAAGUGACCACCGUUUGAAAGUCGGGCAAAGAAAAGGAAGAAAAAGGAACCAGCCAGAAGUGGAAGAUCAAAGGAAGUGGCUAACAAGUGGAAUAAGAUUCGAGUGUGGUACAAAAUGAUGAUAAACGCGGAAGAAUAUUAUUCUAGUGGUUCAUGAGAUUAUUAUUAGCGAAAAAGAAAUCCACAGGAAUCAUUAAGCAAAGGAAUACGAAAGCGGUGUCGGAUUUGCGACUGGAAUGAGCCCACGGAGUGCAAGAAGCUUCCAACGUCGCCGAAGUCGAAGAAGACAAAUCGCGAUAAAGCGUGAUGGAAGUGAGGCUUCGUUGAAAUUCUUCUGAUCACGUCCAAGCGUAUCUACAGUGGCCAGUCACCGUUCGGAUCAUAUACAACAGAUAUGUAGGCAAGCGCAUCCCCCCCGACCGAGACAACAGCACUGCACAUCAUGCCGGGUGCAAAACUGAAUUGCUGAAAAAAGUGUUAGUGGGUUGGUUGAACAUCAUCGGGCUCAGCCUUGAAUAGGUGCAAAAAUUGAUGUUAAUACCUCCUUCGGUGCAACAGAUCCUCGAGCUGUGCGCAGCGAUAGUUCCGCCGAGAGUGUGUGUGCGUUGUUACGAUGACGACGGCCGUUCCAUGUUGAUACCCUCGUCGUGGUGUACGCUUCUUUCGGUCCAGUUCACGACAAAACAGUAAUUAGAGAGAAAUAAGAAAUAACAGAACAACCGAUUGCUGACGGUGCAUUGUUGUUGUUUUUGUUAUUGUUAUUAGAGUGCUGUUGAGAACCAACUCAUGAGAUAAAGAAUUGCAAUAUUGUUUGGAAUUGUGAGUGCGAUUUCAGUGAGGUACCCUGAAAACUGAUCGGAAAAGACCGAUCCUUGUAAACGUGUGUUUGUGUGGAAGAAUUCAGUGCAAGUAAUACCUUUGUUCAGUGUGAAUUUUUCGAUUCUUGUGAAUUUCGACGACAACGAUGAAUGUUUCGACAACUGCAAAAGUGAGGGCAGUGUGAGUGUACGACGUGUGCAUAUGUACAACAGCAAGCGCUGCAGAGAAAAUUAGCCCAAAAGAAGAAAUCGGAUAAUAAAGGUUACCCCCGAAGGCAAAUGCACAGGAAAGCAUAAGAAGACCAAGUUGCGAAAAGUAGGAGGAAAUUUUCCUUUACUAUAUCACCGAGAGAAGCGCAUACCGGUGUCGUAUUUUGUUCCGUUUUUUUUCGGUGCGCUCGCAUUCAUCGCAUUCGGGCUUAAUCAUCAAUCAAUUUGUAAUUUGCCUGCCGACGACGACCGGGAGAGUUCGGUUACCACGCGCGCGCUGGUAGCAUUUUCGACUCAAGCCGUGGUCAGAAGCAGCGGAAAGCAGCCGCCGAACAGAAAUCAGAUUGAUAUCCAGUAAGAAGUUAUGCUUUACUUUAAUUACUAAGGAAUUGCCACCGUCUAGCAGUCAUCCCAUCGGCAACAACUCGGUUCCAUAAUUGAAGAUCGGCCGUACCAGACAGACUGCAACCCCGCCCGCCCCACAGACAACGGUUUCCCACGGUGUCCAGUCCCCUAAAAACCAUCAUCGACGAACCUGGCACCAGUGCGGGAGCCUGCAGCAACACCGGCACCACUAAUCAGAAUCUGCAGCAGUCAGCCUAGCAGCUGCCACCCCGCCGACAAAACGGCUCAUCCGACGAAGUGCCCGUCUUCUCGUCGCCCUCUGCUGGUGGAGGUCGUACUAGGUCGUCCGGCAGUGCUGCUUGAGAGGGGCUAAUAUGGCCACACCGCCAACCGAGGGAGAAAUCAGAGUGGGUCCCGGCCAUCAGGUAAACGAUAUCUAUGCAACAUUACCAGACUAUCAACCGAUCGAAAACUACCGCUCCGAGGAUGAUGAAGAGCGUGACCUAGAGGAUCCGAGAUGGACCCCCGGCAUCAACAUUGACAACGAUCUGUUGAUGUACCUGACCGCCGCCCGUUCGAUCUCUGCGUUCCAGGGCAUGUGCGAAGAGGAUGGUUGCAUGGCAGCUAGUCGCGACGAUACAACGAUAAAUGCUUUUGAUGUCCUACACGAUUCUGGGUACGAUCAGGGCAAGGCAUUAGAAGCACUGCUCAAGUGUCCAGUUACAAAGGGUAUCGACAAAAAGUGGACUGAAGAGGAAACCAAACGCUUCAUCAAGGGUCUGCGUCAAUUUGGGAAGAAUUUUUUUCGCAUUCACAAAGAUUUACUGCCACACAGAACGACGCCCGAACUAGUGGAAUUCUAUUAUCUCUGGAAGAAGACUCCUGGAGCGAAUAACAACCGACCGCACAGAAGACGCCGUGCCGGUUCGCUGCGUCGACGCAACACGCGUACCAACAGUAAUGCUAGCAGCAACAACACACCACCAAACAGCAACAAAAAGGAAGCAACACCGGAACCGGCAGUAACCGAAUCGUCGCGACCAUCGCCUAUCUCCAAGGAGGAGAACAGCUCCGUUACCGAGGACGACAUCAGCGAGUGCGACUCGGAUUCCAGCGCCACUAAGGCCAACAAAGACAGUGCUGCGGCAGCCGUUGUAGCAGCGGCCGUGGCACUUGCAGCAGCAGCAGUAGCAGCAGCUGGCACCACUGUAACAACACUAAGCACCACCACCACCACAACGACGGCUUCAGCGAUCGCACCAGCAACGGCUACGGCACCACUAGUAGUAGCCACCGGAAUAGCGACGACGGCGGCAACCGUAACAGCAGGUGUUGGAGGAGGGGGAGAAACGGGUGAGGAUUCCCCUUCGAGGAUGAGAACUCGCCAGAAACCGACGGCGAAAGAGCAGCAACAGCAACAGCAGGCCAACGCCAACAACAAUAGCAGUAGUGGAAAACGACCCAAACGGGGCGGCACGGAAACUCCAGACUCUACACCCAUCGAUAGUCCGAAAACGCCAAGUAAAAAGGAAGAAUCGACUGGAAAGGGACAAAAAACAAAGGGCAAAACGGAAACACCAAACAAGGGCAAAAAACGGGCCAAUGAGCUGGAUCCGGAUGGAAACGAUGACAAAGAUGGCCAGAAACGAAAACGAUCUGAUAGCCCCACGGAAAGUAUUACCACGGAUAGCCGGCCGGGAUCGGUAUUGGACGAGGCGGAGUCGAAUAGUGAGGCGGCCACCGAAGUCAGUAUCAAUGUCAGUGCUGCAGCCGCUACUCCAACGGCACCAUCAACCAAAGAAGAGGAGAAAGACCCCCUCUCACUUGGUCCUACCGCAGAACCGAUGGUUACCGAAUCGCCGGAAAGUAGCAAUCCUGCGACGGCUGUCACCAAAACCGGCGACGAGAAGGAAGAGGAUGGAACAGUUGUUGCAGCACCCGCCUCAGUCACUGCAGCCCUUCCGACUGCAGCCGAUACUGCCAAACUUCCCGAAACGGAAGAUAUUACUCCACCCUCAACGGCGACGACAACUCCGGUAGCAACACCCGCUCCCGUUCCAGUGCCAACGCCGGAGGAAGCCAUGGCUGCCGUUCCUACUACAGUGGCUGAAGAGCCGCCCGAAAAAGCUGCUGAAGGCUCCCCUGCAAUACCUCCUCCGAUUAUCCCAUCUGCAGAAGCCGGUGCAAUUCCAGCUGCUGUUGGUGGCAUUCCUCUACCGGGACAAGCUCCUAACGAGCAGGAAAUGCUCUCUAGACUUGCCAACAUGAAACAAGAAAUCAAUCCUCAUAGCAUAGCACCGCCCACCGAGUUCAACGCAAAGGAUGUGUUCAUCAAGAAGGAACCAACUGAGGAAACGUCCGACAGUCAACCGAUGAUGAAUGAACAACCUCAAGAUCUCAAGCUAAAGAUUGAAAUCAAAUCGGAGGCGAAGCUUAUGAGAGAAACUGGUACCCCUGGGCAAGACGCUCCUCCGGAAAGCAAAUAUGAUCCUGAAAAUCUUACUAUGAAAUCUGCCUACGAAAGCCAUAUCAAAUAUGGGCCUAGUGAAGAUGGGUUGAAAUACGGAGAUAUGAAAUAUCCACCGCAACCAACGGAUGGUCCGUUAAAAUAUGGUCAGGAGGAACCGCUCGAGUAUGACAUGAAGCGAUUCAUGGAACCGGGCAAAUAUCCCCCACAGGACAGUGCUCUGUCGAUGAAGAUCGGUCCUCCCGGUGCACCGGGGGGUCCUUCCGAUGGACAACUUCCAAAAGGUUACCCUCAGGAUCUUGCUGGGCUCAAUAUGAAGUAUCCCCCGCCAGACGAGCGUGCUAAAUUUGCGCCCUCACCUGCUUCAGAUAGUGGUAGUGCCGGAACGCCCACCGGCUUACCUCUCAUGCCAAAGAGCCACUAUCCAGAUCAGUUGAGUAUGCUCCGCCAGCCGUACGACCCAAGCGGAAUGAUGAAAUUCGACCCGAUGGGCAAAUACCAGGGACCACAUCCACCCUACGGCCCACCAGGAAGUCAACCACCGUCACAACAGGGUCCGCCUGGCCAACCACCAUCGUCACAGCAGCAGCAGCCUCAGGACUUGAAAUACCUUCCUCCAGAAUCUAUGUCAGGUAUGAAGACCAGCUUCUCUGCAGACAGUUUAAUGAAAAGUUCAACGUACUCGCCACUUGCUGACCAAUCUCCAUUGGAUGUUUCAGCGUCUUCUCGUUUAGCAAUCACUCCGAAUCAAGACAGCCAGGGCAGCAACAGCAGUUCACAACCGCCAAUGCACGGAAGUAUUGCAUCACCUCAAUCCGGCCACCCUGGUAUGCCCCCUUCCGGGUAUCCCGGUCAUCCGGGCAUUGUGAAUCCUGGGUUAAUGCCAGGAUCACAUCCAUCGAUGCUAGGGUCAAAUUCGUCUCCGGUGCCAGUCUCUCAAUCCGGCCACCUACCUCCUUCGCAGGGUGGUGCAGGGCCUCACCAACCGCCUCCUCCGUCGCAUCAAUCGCAAGGUGCACAACAACCGUCGACGGGACCACCGCAUCAACAACAACCACCUCACAUGUUACCAAAUACCAGUUUACCGUCGCAUAUGCCUAGCAGUCCAUAUCUGUCUUCUGCCCACCGUCAACCACCGCCUUCCUCGGAAGGUUCCCGCCACCAACCAAGUACUACCCCCACAUCGAGCUCGACAACGACGCCAACCUCCUCAGCACCUGGAAUGAAUUCUCAGUCCCCUGCACCUCUGCGACCUUUAGAACAACCGCAUCCCCGGGAUCUUCCCCCAACGAGAGCAUCUCCAAUCAAUUCUCUUCUUCAAGGAGUACCGACAGCCCACGGGAUGCUUUCGCAUCCUCUUCCAUUGCAUCUUGGUCAUCCGGCAAUGCAGCUGCCCCCUCAUCAUCCGGCUCAUUUAGCCGGUCCUUUGGGUCAUGCUGGGUUGUUAUCUCACUCAUUAGGUCAGGCAGGAGCUCUGCCCCUUCUUGGUGGCCCAACGCCAUCUGCCUUAGGCAGUUUGAUGGAAGUUGCUGGUGCAGGACGGAGGUCACCUUCAGUAUCAAACAAUCCACCUGGACAUCAUCCUCCUACAUCGCUUCAUCAACCGAGUCCUUUGGCGCAGUCUCCAUCAACCCCAACAGCUCCAUCGAGUCUAAGUCGGUCCAGUCCCAGUGUACAACAACCUCCAUCUGGACCUGGUGGUUUCCCAUCAUCCCAUCACCAUCGGUCCAGUUCACCUGCAAAUUCAACCAGUUCCAGCCUCAGCCGAGCAAGUCCGAUGCAUCUAAGUCACCACCCGUCAGGACCAGCGGCAGCAGCAGCUGCCACGGCGGCCUCCAUCGAACGGGAUCGUCAAAUAAUGCGGCAACAAUCACCACACAUGACACCUCCGCCUCCAUCGUCGUCCUCAUCGUCACUCAUAUCUAGCCCACUAAGCAAAAUGUACAGUCAGGCCGGUCAGCGGUCGCCCCCUCCAAGUCAUCCGUUCCGACCUGGUGCGUCACCUCCAGUCAUUCGCCAUCCACAGAUGCCACUGCCACUUCCCAUGACCGGACCAAUUCCAGGAAUGCCUGGAUCAGUGAUGCAUCCCUCGCAACCCUACCCCCUUGUCCAUCCCUCGUUAUUUAGUCCCCACCAUCAUAAUCCUUUCUACGCACCGUAUCCUUAUGGGCAUGCUUAUGGUCCUGGUUUCUCGUACAUGAAACCAGCUGGAUCCCCGUUGGACAAUCCGAUGUUGCAUCCGGGUCACCCGACCAGCAUUCCUCCACCUCGACCCGAGGAUUCUCAAAUCCAUGGCAACGCAGGUGACAAAAACAAAUCUGGCGCAAAACCACCCCAAAACUCGUCUUCGUCGUCCUCCUCGCUCUCUGGGUCGGGUUCCAAACCUCCUGGCUCAGGACCCGGAGGACCCAAUAGCAGUAGCAAUAGCCAAAGUAGUAGUGGUCCUGCCGGUGGCCCGUCUCCCGGUGGUAAUGGUCCUCCCGGUAGCGGACCACUUAGUGGGAGUCCCUUCCAAGGUGCACCUCAUCAUCCGUCGCCCUAUCCGCCCGGGCCACACAAUCCCUUCAUCGAGAACCAGCUGCAGGUCAGUGGUAAAACGAGCCAUAUGGAUGCCUUGCGGGCGCAUGCCCAUGCGGCAGCCGGCGGUGUAGGUUUGGGACCACCCCCUGGCCAUCCCGGGCACCAUCCGGGACAUGGGCCACCCCCCGGUCAUCACGGACCUCCACAUCACCCGCAUCCUAACGAGCCGGUCCACAUCGAAACGCUGGACAUCGACCCGGAUCCGGAGCCGCCUUCACCGGUGCACGACAUGAACCGUGGACCCAGCCCUGAAGCGAAACCGGACGACACCGAAUGCCAUCGAUCGAAUUCUGCGAUAUUUGUUCGACGGUGUGAUCGAGGUGACUACAACUCCUGCUGUAGAACGGAUCUUGCAUUCAAACCGACACCCGAUUCGAAACUGGCUAGGAAACGAGAGGAUCGCGAUCGAAAGCUGGCAGAGAAGGAACGAGAACGAAAGGCACAACAGGCUCAACAACAGCAGCAGCAACAACAACAACAACAGCAGCAAGCUGCUCAAGCACAACAGCACCAGCAUCAGCAGCAGCAAGCGGCCGCGGCGGCCGCUGCAGCAGCACAAGCCGCCCAACAGCACGGUAAACCUCCUGGCGGUCCAGGAUCGAUGGGUCCCGGUGGUCCUAUUCCGGGACACCCUGGUCACCCUGGCCAUCCUGGGCAGCAACCACCAUCGAUGAAACCGGACAUCAAACCUUAUCCGGACACGCCGGCACUGCGGCAGUUAUCGGAAUACGCCCGACCUCACGUCGGAUUCAGUCCUGUGGAAACGAUGGUCCCUCCGCCAUAUCAUCCACUUUUCAAUAGAGAAAGGGACAUCUUUUUUAGGGAGUUUGACGAGCUAAAAAAUCAACAGGCGGCGGCAGCGGCGGCGGCUGCAGCAGCCAUGGGUCCAUCUCGAUUGGAACCACACUGGAUGGAGUACUACCGAAUGCGAGGGAUGCACCCUUCGCAGUUUCCUGCACUGUAUGGCAAUCCUACUGCCUUAGCGCACCUCGAACGAGAACGGAUAGGCCUGUCAUCAUAUUCCAUGGGGUUAGCAGAUCCGGCCGAUCAUAUGUUGCGCUUGGCUGGUGAAUACCACGCUCAUUCCCAUACGCAUCUGCAUUUGCACGCGCAACAGCAGCAAGACACGAUGGCGGCGGCAGCAGCGGCAGCGGCCCGUUUCCAACUACCACCUGCCAAUGUACCAUAUCCGAGGCCGAAUGUUCUGAUGCCAAGGGAUCCCCACUCGGAGGUCAUGUUGCGCAUGACGUACGAUCCACUACAGCAGGCCGCUGAGUUCCAACGACAAAAUGCGUUAGACCGUGCCCACUCGCUGCAUGAGCAGUACCUUAGACAACACGAGCGGGAAAUGAAAGUAAGAGCACUGGAAGAAGCGGCACGUGGCGGUAAACCCAUGUAGGGGAGACAUUGCACACUGUAGUCUAACUAGGACGCGAUGAUGAAGUAUGAAGAGGGCGAGCACAGACUCAGUCUAUAAAGAAAGGGCCAGCGGCUAGCUUAGAUCAAGUCAGGUCAAGUAAUGUAGGAGUGAUAGUUGGUUUGAUGUAAAUAUUUGGACGAAUGAAACCAGCCAGAGACUAGAGAAAAGCUCUAGAAAAUAUUUAUGCACAAGUUGAAUUUCGAUUCGGUUAGUCAUGAGAACAAUAAUUUAUUCAAAUAAAACUUGCAACUUUAACUAUUAUGUUGCGCUUUUGAUCAUCGGUUACAGACUAUAGGCGAGAAAGGGCAAAUUUCAGUUCGUAUAGCAAAUGUCUUUUAAAUUCGUAAUGGUUUUGAGAAAUUACAUGAAACACAGUGGGCAGGAUUUGCGAACUACCCGUAACAUAAAAUUCGAAGAAAUUUAGGUGGUUUAAGAAUUUAUUCAGUCCACCAAAGAGUAAGUUUGGGAGUAUCAUGGCGACACCUUAAAAGUUUUAUGCAUAACCUACCCACUGUGCAUUGUUACAUAGGGAAAUAGAUCUAAACGGAGAAUCAAUUUUGUAAUGAAGUUAGGGAAGCCUAACAAUUUACAGCCAUUGCAGGUAUGAAUAUAAAUAUGUUUGACAUUAAUACGUUGAACGAAGUGCAUAUAAAAAAUUAUAUGACUGUAUAAAGUAAAAAAAAGGUAGCUAGUAAGUAGAUCGUAUAUAUUUUCUAUUUAUGAUGAAAUUUGGGAGGGAAAAGAUCUUAUCGGAAAAUUCGUUAAAUCGUUUGUGGACUAUUGCCACGCAACUCCAACCCACAUGAAACAAGCAAGUUUGGCAACCAUGCUCUGGGCUUAAUAGCGCUCUAUUCAAAACUAUUAAUUCUAUGCUUCUAAAUUUAAGCAAAGCCCCGUUUUUGGAAACCUUCUAAGUGUCUAUAUCAUAUGUCGUAUAAUACAAAACUCGAUAACAAAGCAUGUUUUGUAGAACAUAUAUAGCGAGUUACUUUUUCAAUGCUUACCUUUAUGUUUGCACAAAAAACAUUAACUGGGAAUGUCUUUCCAGCACACUAGAAGUAUUCAAGGGACAAACAAAACUUCUCACAGAUCACUUUUGUAAUGGUCGUCCAGAGCUCCUGCUCGGAUUGGUACUUACCACAAUACGCUACCUUAGUUUGCUAUUUGAUACAAACAACUGAUUCAUUGCAUUUUAAGUUAAAACUAAACACAUACUAAAACUUAGCGAAAACGAUAUAGAAGUUUGAUUCUUUAUCAUAUUUUAUGAGUGCAGUAUCAAGUAUAAGGACGACAAACCAGAACUUUGAAAUAAAACUAGUUGCCUGUGAACUCUGUUGUUUUGAGUUCGAACUUAAUGACAUUUUCUAGCGACUAUAUUUACAUACGCAAACACAAAGUGGGAGGGCUGGUAGUGGUAGUACUAUUCGGCCGAUAACAUGUAAGAUUUUUUUUUUUGUUAGAGCAGUGGAGAAUAUGACAAGGGAUUAAAGCUUUAUAAGACAGAGCCAACCCAUUGUCGUGACUGGUUCGGAAAUCACAAUAACAACCAGUAUGUAAGAACAACAUGAACAAAGUGUACAAUGUUAGCGACUAGUAUAAAUGAUAUGACAAAUAGGAACUGCAACAAAAAAACGCGACUUUAUUCAAGCAAAAGUGAGAGAUUGCAAACACAGGAAUAAGGAGAGGAGAGUACAGUAUAUAUAUAAAAGCAGAAUGGUAUAUUAUCGAUCAAUAAGUAUAUCUCGGUAACUGCUAAACAAAAAUAAACAAUUAUUUAGUAAAUAGAGGGAUACACAAGAAUCAUUGAUCUUAUAUUAAAGCAAACAAAUAUUUAAUUAUGUAUUAGUAAUUAUAAUUAUAUUGAUAAAAGAAUUAUAAUAAUGGAAAAAGAAUCAACAGACACAAUUAAAACGUGAAAACAUAAGAAUAGUGAUGAUAAAAAUACGAGUAAACAAAAUAUUGAAAAAAAAACGACA